UUGAGACCAGGACCACUUCCGGAAGCGCGAGGCCGGAAGUUAUCUGGUAUCUCUGGAGCCCGGGGUACAAAGUGUAGUCGGCUUCUUUGGUGGCCGUGAGAGCUGGCGGUUGGUCGGGAGACUAGCCGCUCAGUCUCGCCGCUGCUUAGGGGCGCGGUUCCGUCGUAGCACCACGGCCCCUUCCUCCCAGCCCCGAGCCCGGCGCGGCUGCCCGGGAGGCUCCUUCAGAUUCCUUGACGCCGCGCCAAGGGGCGCCUACCUGGCAUCGCCUGGGCCUCCAGCCAGGGGACUGGCUCCCAGUUUCAGCACUCCAGGCCACAGUAAGAAGUGCCCUUAUCACCCUGCGCCCUGUCGCCCUCCCUGAACCAUCGGGACUCUGGUCCAGAGCGACAGCCUCGGACCUGGGACUAGAAGGAUCCAAGACGCUCAGCCUUGGCCCCCCACAGACGGAGCUCUGCAUCGUCUCCGAUAUGUCACCCACCAUUUCCCACAAGGACAACAGUCGGCAACGACGACCAGGGACUUUCAACCAUUCUCUGGAUAUGAAGAGCGGUCCUCUGCCUCCGGGGGGCUGGGAUGACAGACAUCCGGACUUGGUGGGGGUGGAAGGGGACAAAGAAGCUCUUCUGCGGGAUACCGACUCUGGUGAUUUCUCAAAAACCCCACGGAGCUGCCGGGCCGAAUUAAGCAGCAUUUUGCUGUUGCUUUUUCUUUACGUUCUUCAGGGCAUUCCACUGGGUCUGGCGGGAAGCAUCCCACUCAUUUUGCAAAGCAAAAAUGUUAGCUAUACAGAUCAAGCUUUCUUCAGCUUCGUCUUCUGGCCCUUCAGUCUCAAAUUGCUCUGGGCCCCGUUGGUUGAUGCUGUUUACUUUAGGAACUUCGGACGUCGAAAAUCUUGGCUUGUCCCUACACAGUAUACAUUGGGACUCUUCAUGAUAUAUUUAUCCACUCAGGUGGACCGUUUGCUCGGGAACACUGAUGGCCGAAACCCCGAUGUCGUUGCUCUUACCGUGACUUUCUUUUUGUUUGAAUUCCUGGCUGCCACUCAGGACAUCGCUGUGGAUGGUUGGGCGUUAACUAUGUUAUCCCGUGAAAACGUGGGUUAUGCUUCUACUUGCAAUUCAGUUGGCCAAACAGCGGGCUACUUUUUGGGCAAUGUAUUGUUUUUGGCCCUUGAAUCCGCCGACUUUUGUAACAAAUAUUUGCGGUUUCAGCCUCAAUCCAGGGGAAUCGUUACUCUUUCAGAUUGGUUUUUCAGCAGCAGAUGCAGUAACAGGACUGAAAUUGGUAGAAGAGGGAGUUCCCAAAGAGCAUUUAGCCUUAUUGGCAGUUCCAAUGGUUCCUUUGCAGAUAAUAUUACCUCUGAUUAUCAGCAAAUACACUGCAGGUCCCCAGCCACUAAACGUGUUUUACAAAGCCAUGCCCUACAGGUUACAUUGUACAGCAUGUAUGUUUCCAUAAUGGCAUUCAAUGCAAAGGUUAGUGAUCCACUUAUUGGAGGAACAUAUAUGACCCUUUUAAAUACUGUGUCCAAUCUGGGAGGAAACUGGCCCUCUACAGUAGCUCUGUGGCUGGUAGAUCCCCUAACAUUGGAAGAAUGUGUUGGAGCAUCAAACCAGAAUUGUCAAACACCUGAUGCUGUUGAGCUUUGCAAAAAGCUCGGAGGUUCCUGUGUUACAGCCCUGGACGGUUAUUACGUGGAGUCCAUUAUUUGUGUCUUUAUCGGAUUUGGUUGGUGGUUCUUUCUUGGUCCAAAAUUUAAAAAGUUACAAGAUGAAGGACCAUCCUCAUGGAAGUGCAAAAGAAGCAAUUAAUGCUUUCACUACUGGACAUUCUAGAAAGGUAACUAGUUUUAAUUCAGAGAGCUAUGAUAAUUGGUGCACAGGAGUGUAAAAUACUAUUUUAAAGAAGGAAAUUGUUACUAUAAAAUGCCAAAUGGUUAAAAAUAGAGACUUCUCUUUAUAUAUUGGAUUAUAUUUUUCCUUGCCUUGUCAAUAUGUGUAAAGUUAAGGUCAGGAAACUGGUUCUAAAAUAACUGUUCUGGCCUUGUAAUUUGAUUUAUGUAUUUUUAAUUUACUGACCAAAAUCUGUUUUGAACUGCAGUGCAGUAGUCAUGGGUGGUACCAUGCAGUCAAGUAUUGUUAUCAGUACCUAUCAUUUGAGCUGUAUUUAAAUUUUUGGUAAAAUAUAUUAAAUGGAACAAAGCUUGAUGUUUGGGUUCUAGCUACAACUAGUCUGGCCUUGUUGAUAGUUAAAUCUGGUUUUGAAUUGCAAACUGGUUAAAUUCUAUGUGGAAUUUGCUAAGGAGAAUGUAGAUGCCAUUUUUGUGACCAUCGCCACAUUGUACUAAUGAAUAUGUGUUAAAAAGACUAUUUUAAAUAUAUUUCCUGCUUUUGUAAGCAUAAAAAAUUUAUAAGAUUAUUCAAACUAUUUUUUAUAAAAUGAAAGCUGUGAUUUUUAAUUUAUUGAUUCCCUGCCCCCCUUCCCCACCCUUUUGGAAGGUAUUUGGAUUCCUUGUUAACGUUUACCCUAAAGCUUACUUAUGUCUUUUUGUCAUAGUGCUUCAUGGCACACCGCUCAUAAGGGGACCAAAUUUAGUGCUGUAUGUAUGUUCAUGGAAAAAUUUUUAAAAUAAAAUUGAACAUUUUUCUUCAAGUAGAUUUUUUUUUUUUUUGUAUUACUGAGAGAAUAAACAGUAAAGCUUCAGAUUAUGUAAGAUACAAAUGAAUAAUAUAAUUUUAAAGACAAGGGCUUUAAAGGGAGACAGGCAUUUUGUGCCUUUAACAAAUUAAAUCGUGUUGGAAGAAUUUUUCUUAAUUAAGCACUUUACUAGUGAGAAAGAUCUUAAAAUUAUACCAAAUCAAGUACUGUAUUUCUGCUUACUAAAACAUAGUUUGUUUAUAAACUAUAGUUCCCAGUGAAGAAUUACUAUCCUAGGAGAAUUAAGCUUUUGAGUACUUUGGCAAUUUCCAAGAUAUUAUGUAUACCUGGUAAUAAGAUUCUUUGCAAACUUUGUGUUGUUUAUAACUCUGACUCCUUAGAGAUUACAUAAAUCUUUCACAAAAAAAGAUAAAGAUGAACUUUAGUAAUUUUAUCUUUGUGGGAAUGUACAUACUAACUUCUGAUUUUGUUAAUUUUAUGACAUAGGUUGAAUUUUAGAGUGGGGUUUUUUAUAAGUAAUGGAGGAUAAAAUGGAUAAAAUGGGUGGGAGAAAAUGGCUCUCAGCAUCUGAAGAAGGACAGAGGCAGUGGCCUCUAGAACUCAUGCAUUGCCGUUAGAAAACCUGUGUUGGGCAUCGAUGUCAGAGCCUGAAGAAUCACCUGGAAAAUCACCCUAGAAACAAGGAGACUACACCAAACCGUAGACUACAGUACUUCGUCACAUGGAUUGUCCAUUGUCUUGUAUUAUCAUCUAAAUGUUUACUUCAAUAAAGAAAAAAAAACAUUUAACUCUCAUGUGAAAUGUAUUUCAAUUUUUAAUUUUUCGAUUUAAGAAGCUCACACUACCAUAAUUACCUUUUAUUUCUUCCCCAUUCAUAUUAUUACAAAUUAUACAUACUUUGAAAUAUAUGUUCAACUCUGCAAUUGUUAAUCACAUGAAAUAUUAAGAUAUAUUUUAGGCCUUUAACUGUAAGAGUCAUUAUUUGUAUUUGCUCUAGAAAUUAAGUUAUUUUCAACUGUAGUCAUUUGGCUAUUUGGGUACAUGCUUGUUAUGAAUGCCAGAAAUGACUUGUUAGUAGCUAUGUACAACUAUGUAGCAUGUAUUGAUCAUUGAUGUCAUUUUGCAAAUGAUCUACUUGAUUCUGUGGCUCUGUUAUAAAUCAGUAGUAUUAGAAAAUACUACUUAUUUUUUGUAUGUUUUUCAUAAUACUAAUAGUAUCUUGAUAAGUUAUACCUUGGAGUAUGAACCUUAACUCUUUCAAUUUAGUAUAUAUUUACUUGCUAAUAUCAGUUUAAACAUUUCUCUGUGUUAAUAUCUCCAUUUGCACAUUGGUUGUAACCUGUAUAUAUCUGAGUUUGAGAAGCUCUUGUAAGAUUAGCUCUGACUAAAACUAAAAACUAUAUCUGUUGUAAAUAUUUAAUUUUGCCUAAUCAGUCAUAAAUUGUUCAACAACUAAAACAGAUCUCCCUAUUUUGUAAAAACUUUAAACCUUUCAAAUCUAAAUCUAUUACUUGAUUUCAUCCCUGUAGUAUGAGGGUUUUUAACCUAAACAGAUGUUAGUGGGGUUGUGAAAUUUCUGAAUAGCUUGCAAAACUCUAAAUGUGUAAUUAUUGUCUUUCUGGAGAGAGCUCGUGUUAAAGAGUUUUUAAUGGGUUGUGAUCCAAAACACUCUCAAAGCCAUUGCCUAUUGAAUGUGGGCUGUGAAUUAUAAACAUAAAUUUUAAAUAAUUGUGGUCUAAGUAUUUAAAACAACUUGAAAACAAUGUUAAAAGAAAAAUCCAUGAUGAAAACUGGAAAAUCUCUGUUUGUAAUACUGAACUUGAACCUUGAGGGAUUUAUAGCAGAUAAUACAUAAGUGGUAGGAGAAGGGUGUAAGGGUGAAUUUUAUCCCACAAAAGACAUAUCUUAGUCAUAUAAUCCCUUUUUUCAUAUGAAUCACUUCUAUUUUGCCCUGUUAACAGAAACCCAAAAAUGCAUGCUGUUUUAUAUUAAAUAUUAAAUAUUUGUUUUUCUGUUUGGGGAUCAUGUUUAUUCAUGUAGUUGAAAGGAUGAGCAAAACUAUAUAACACAGACCAGCUAAAAGAAAAGAACUAACUUCUUGGGAACAUUCCAUGCUGAUUUCCAAAAUGUAUUUUAUCUUAGUAUUAGAGAAAGAAAAUAAACUUUAAAAGAAUUCCAUUAUAAUUAGGAUUAGUAUAUUAAAUAGCCAUUUUAGUUACAGAAUGGAAGGUGAUAAGAGUGCAUUAUAAUUAUUGAGACCUUUCAACCUAUGUGUUUGGUAGACAGCAAGGCAUAAUUACUUGAUUUUUCUCUUAGCAGAUUUAAAAUACCUAUUAGAGACCAUGUUCUUUUCCACUACAGCUUGAUCUGCCUGACUUAACAGUGCCAAAUUUUUUUAUGUAAUUACUGUUUAGUUUGGGAGUGAGAGCCUUUCUGUUUCCUACUUGUCAAAACUGCUCUUAGAAUCUUUAUUUUACUCCUCUAAGUUGUCAGCAAGGUAAGUGGACAUGGGGAGCUAAUAUUCCUUUCUGGAAUUCUGUUUUAGUAGAGACAAGUCCUGUAUCAGGGUAGAAUAGUUCAUAUAGAGGACUCAUGCCCUCUCCCUUAAGUAAACAGAAACUUUUAUUUGAGUGCUUGAUUAUAAAGAUUGUUUUAAACAAGGUUUUUUUUGGGGGGUGGGAGGAAAUGGGGCAGACAUUUUGUAUGAGGAAAUAGUUUUAUGUGGCAAAAUGAAAAUUUAAGAUUACUCAUAGUUACUGUUAAUAAAUUUUUGCCAUGUAUAUAAUUUUAAAAAUCAUAUUAAAAUAUCAGCAACAUUAAUUUGCAUAGUUUAUAUAAAAUCUUGAAGCACUGAGAAAAAGGUUGCUAUAGUUUAAUAGCUUUUUGUCAAUAUAGAAAACUUAAUAACAAUUUUGUGUGAAUAAUAAGCACAACUGAAAUGAACAAAGGUACUGAUACAAUUCUUAGGGAAUUAUAAGUCUAAAAUUUAGUUACAAUAAAUUAGUCACAAUGAUAAAAUACAGAUAUCAAAGCCUCUUUCAUCCAAGUGGUCUUAAAUGUUGGGAAAAAUUUACUUUUUAUAGCUUUAUAGUUAAUGAAAUUGACAUUUUUAUCACAUCUAUAAAAUUAAGAAAAUAUAAAAUUGGGACAAAAUUCUGAUAUUUUAAAAAUUAGUUUGGCUUAGUUGAUAAAUUGAUAGAUUAGCACUAUCAGGUUUUAUCAGUGAGUAUACUGUAUCUAUUGUCUUAAGGUACUGUCUUCAGGAAUGUGUAAAACCAAAAAAAUACUAAGUGUUGAAAUCUGUUAUUGCUGAGGUCUGUGAUAUUGCACCCAAGUACAGUUUUGAAUUAAAAAUGCACAGUGCAAAGUCAUUUGUUAAAUCAUUUUUGGAAUAUCUAGCAUGUGCUUUGAUAGCUUAGCAUAUUUAAGUGUUUUAGUAUAUGUGAAAUGUUUAUUUGGUUAAUUUAUUUAAAAAUGUGUAUUAUUUGUUAAAUACGCACUGUUGAAAUUUUUGUAAUCUGAAAUAAAUUCUGUAGAUUUUUACAUAAAGGAUUUAAAUGCUCAAAAUGCUUCACAAUUGAUCUCUAAAAAAUAAAACAUUAAUGAAA